AUGCACGCUUCAAUUAUCCUCCUCUCAAUGGCCCUUGGCCUCUCUGCUGCCGCUCCAGCUCCGGCUUGGAGCGCACCAACAAACACUUCGGGUCACACUGCUGUAGCAGUAACAGCAAGCACUGUCUCUUCUGCCUCAACAGCAACCGCAUCCUGCACAGCCAAACCCUCCGCCAAAGACCCCGAGUUCUUCGAAAAGCUCAUCUCCGCCCCCAACGCCGUCCUCCGCCAAAAGCUCCUCAGCGACGCCGAUUUCGUCUUCGACUUCCAGAACCCCUGCGACGGAGAAAGCUCCACCGCACAAGGCGAGGGUGGGAAGAUAGUCCGCGCAGACCGAGCCUCGUUCCCAGCUCUUGUCGGCCAGGGCGGAGCAGUAGCCAUUGGAUUCCUCGGUCCCUGCGGUUUCAACACUCCUCACGUUCAUCCUCGCGCUGCGGAACUCAACCUUGUCAUUGAGGGCAGACUAUUCGCUUCUGUCACUGCGGAGAAUGGUGCGAGACAUAUGAACCAUACGCUCAGCAAGUAUCAGAUGACUGUCUUCCCUGCUGGAGCCGUACACACUGAGUUCAACCCUGAUUGCACACCCGCUACCUUUGUCGCUGCUUUCCCACACGAGGAUCCAGGAGUUGGACAAAUUGCUCAACUGUACUUUGGCUUGGAGAAUGAGAUUAUCAGUGGCAGUGCUGGUGGAGAGGUGUCUGUCGAUGGUGCUGAUAUCGAUACUUUCCGCAAGUUGAUUCCCGCCAAUGUCGCUGCUGGUGUUGAUAGCUGUUUGGCCAGAUGUGGCAUUGCUAAGAGAUAG